AUCUCUCCCAACAGAGGAGGACAUGUCCGCUCCUCCCUUGCCCACACCUCCAAAGCCCAAGGUGGAACCACCCACGCCACACAGCAAACCCACCCCACCCACUACAGCUGCAGUGAAUAAGAUCACAGACUACCAGAACUACUAUCAGGGGAUAUGGGACUGUACAGGAGAUCAACCAGAUGAACUGUCCUUCAGACGGGGAGACGCCAUCUACAUCCUCAGCAAGGUUGGUCUGGGCUGUAGGAACCAACCCUCCUCAUCCUCACUCUCACCUCCAGACAGGGAUCAUCAGCAGUCCUUAGAGGUUUAGGAUGAUCUCCUUUUC